AUGCGGGGUGAUGACAUCGUUGGUGAUGAUGACGAUAACAACGAUGAUGAUGAAGGUGAUGACGACGAUGAUGAUGACGAUAAUAUUGACAAAUUAAGUGGUGACAAUAUUGGAGUUGAAAACAAUGAUAUCACGGGCGUAAGGCUUGGUGAUUUAUCAGCCGAGCUUUGUGGCAAACGUCCCAUAGGUGUUGGAGUGGUGGUGACCAGUCUGGGGUUCGGUGAAACUUCUAGCCACGACAAUUGGGAUGAACUGGGCGAAUCAAGAUAUUGGUUUUCUUUUUUUGCAUCAGCAUCGAUUUUGGGCUUGGUCGGCCCAGAAUCGAUAGAUAAUGGAUCUUUGAUAACCCAUAUGACCGCAAAAAUUAUGGCAUCUUUCGUCUUUUACGUCAAUGGUGAACCAGCCUCUUCUUUUCUUGGAGGUGAUGAUGUUGACGAUUUUGGUGAUGAUGACGAUGUUGGUGAUGGUUGCCGGAGUGUAUCGUCGAAGUGUCCAAAUGAAGAACGAAAGAUUUCUUCCAUUUCAUUAGGAGAUGGCAUUUCUACAUCGUUUUCCGGUCGUGGCAAUAAUUAUAAUAUGCGUAGUUAUUUGAUCUUCCAAGUGUCAUUGGAACUUCUGGAUUCUUUGGGAGGAAAUACAAAAACUUUAAUGAUUGCUUGUAUUUCUCCAGCGGAUACGAAUUACGAUGAAACAAUUUCAACGUUACGAUAUGCCUCAAGAGCCAAAAAUAUUUCAAAUAAACCCAAAAUCAAUGAGGAUCCUAAAGACGCAAAGUUACGCGAAUAUCAGCAGGAAAUUUUACAAUUGAAAAAGAUGUUGGAGGCAAAUAAUUUAAAUGGAAAUAAUGACAAUAAUACAAACGGUAUAUCGAACCACCAAACAUUAGGAGAAGAAAAACCACCACAAGUUUCUUUAGCAUGGUUAGAUGACGAGAGUCAAAAGUUAAAAAAUGAAAUGCAGGCCGAAAUGGAACGUCUACGGGAAGAGCACAUAAGAGAAAAACGUGAAAAGGAUCAACGAAUACAAGAAAUGGAACAGUUAAAACAAAGUUAUGAGGAACAACUGAUGCUUUUGAAACCCCAAAGUAAAGAAUUAGUGUCAAGAGAGAAUAAAUCUGAUAAUCAACUAUUGGCAUCUGGGAACAAAAUAUUACAAUUGGAAGCCUGCAAACGCAUUGAAAUGAUUAAACAAGCAUUAAUUGGUGGCGAACGAGCUAAUGAUACACAAUUGAAGGAAAAAAGACAAAGGAAAAAACUUGAUGCUCAGAGGCGUUUGAGCGCUUUGGCUCAUGUUUUAAGUCGUGUCGAACAAAGUGAAGACCGUGAUAUAUUACAAGGCCACUAUACGUCAAUUCAACAGGAAUUGAAUGCUAAAAAUGAACACUUAAAAAUUUUGCGCCAGAAAAACCGAGCCCUUGAAAGAGAAGUUUCCGAUCUGCAAGUUGAAUUUCAACUGGAUCGUGCCGAUUACUUGGAGACUAUACGACGACUGGAAAAAAAUUUAAAAUUCUAUCAGCAAAUAAUGGAUAAAGCUCUGCCAAUUUUACGUAAGGAUGGCAAGUAUUGGAAUCCUGAUGAGAUUUUGCAGAAUUCACAUUGGAACGAUGAAUUAAAAGUAUGGAAACUACCGGAAACUUCAAUGGAUGUUUUCAAAUUACCAUUAGCUUCCAGUUUACGCAAUAAACAAUAUAUGGACAAUGCUUUACAGAAACGCAUCAAUUCUUCGAAUUCUCUGCAAAGUACUUUAAAUAGCAUCAGUUUUGUACCUAUAGACUAUGUUAGGGAAACUGUUAAGUCCAAUAAAUAUAUUUUUCCAAAAAACGGCACCACAAUUGAUGCCAAUACCUCAGCAAGCAAUUCUGCUAACGAAAAAGAAAAACAUGACGAAGAUGAAAGAGAGUAUAAACAGAAUUAUGUACAUAACAACAAAAAUGUCAACGGCAGAUCAAUUUAUGCCCUUCAGAAUUUUGAUCAUCUAGAUUUGGACAAAUCGGAAAUUUUGCAAAACUAUUUUCGUUCUAAUCGUCGAAAACAUACGGCGGAAGUAAAAAAAUAGGACAACAUUUUACAAUAUCUGGACAGAAGAAUUUGAUAAACAAACCGUUCAUAUCGGAUCAUAAAUUAAGCGUUACUAUGAAAAGAAGACAAUUCUUUUACGAAAUAAAGGC